UUAUAUUCGAACGAAAAGACAACGUUUUUUGGAAUGCAUGUUGGUUGCGACAGCAUCCGCUUUUAUUGGAUUUAUCACUUUAUUGUUAAUUGAUGAUUGUCAAUCGAUUGGUAUUAAUCCCCAACUGACAGGAGUUAUGAAGUUGUGGUGCCCUAAAGGUAAAUACAGUGCAAUUGCUACUCUUUUCUUUCAAAAUCCCGAAGAGAGCGUCAAAAGUCUUUUUCAUUCUCCUUUAAAUUCAUUUAAGCCGUUAACUUUGUUUGUUUUUGCCUUUGAAUACUACAUUUUAACAAUGUGGACUUAUGGUCUUUCAGUUCCAAGUGGAAUUUUCAUUCCUUCAUUGCUUACUGGCGCUGCUUGGGGAAGGCUAUUUGGUGUUGGCGUGCAAUAUUUUUUUCCUGAGUUGGAAGCAAUUGAUUCUGGAAAGUAUGCGCUGGCUGGAGCUGCAGCACAACUGGGUGGUAUUGUGAGGAUGACAAUCUCUUUAACUGCAAUAAUUGUCGAAGCAACAAAGGAUAUAACUUUUGGCCUUCCAAUUAUGCUUGUACUUAUGAUUGCUAAAUGGGUGGGAGACUUUUUUAAUGAGGGCAUUUAUGACGAGCACAUUGAUUUGGCUGAAGUCCCUAUUCUUGGUUGGGAACCUCCAAAAUUGUCGAGAAAUAUUUUAGUGAAGAAUGUUAUGCGUCGAGAUGUUAUUGCGCUCGAAAGAAUCGAGAGUGUUGGACGAAUUGUGGAAAUUCUUCGUUCUACAAGACAUCAUGGAUUUCCAGUUUUGGAUAGAAUUGACGCAGCACUUGAUGAUUCAAAAUAUCCAAAUUAUGGACGUCUACUUGGGCUUGUUUUGCGAUCACAUCUUAUUGUUCUUCUCAAAAGAAGGCAUUUUACUCAUGAUUAUGAAGGCAGAAAUCCUGUAUCCAAUUCUAAACCAGUCACGCUUUCCGACUUCAGUGAAUUCUAUCCACGGAUAGAGUCAAGGAUCUCAGAGUUGGGACUCACUUCCGCAGAUGAACGUUGUUGGAUUGAUUUAAAAUCGUUUAUGCACCCUUCGCCUCAUCGUGUUCCGCUUUCUGCAUCUUUGGAUUCCAUUCACCAAAUAUUCCGUGGACUUGGCUUGAGAUUCUUGAUUGCAGUUGAUAACGAAAACAGGUUACGAGGCAUUAUCACACGAAAAGAUAUUGCUCGGUUUAAAGAGCGGAGGGUAAAGAAUACAUUUCUUGUGAAUGAACUUUACAUCUCGCCAUACAACAAUUAAAUUCUUUUUCUGAUGCCUUUGCCAAUUAAAUUCCUUUUCUCAUGCUCAUUUUCUUAUAAAAAUUUCUGUACUUAAUAUGUAUAUUCAUUUUGUCUAUUUCGUUUAAGAGCUUGUACAUUUUUUUCACUUUUUUAGAUUUUAUUUCUAUAAAUCUUAUACUACAACUUCUUUC